UCGUCGAAGGCAGUUGGAAGAAACCAGCCAGGGUCGUCUUGGGAAUGUACUAUUGCCCGGGCGGGGGGACACAGCAAUCUAGGGGAAUGAACCAUUCUGCGUAGUAUGAAAUGAGGUGUCAGAGGGGGUAUACCAUUCUCUACGCUAUUGGGAUUGUUGUUCGGAGGGCAUGUACCAAUCUCUGAACAACAGGGGGAAGGGAAUCAGUUGGAAUGGUCCUCUCCUUGUUUGUGUGUUGGGGGGGAACGUGCCAUUCUCGGCGCGGUGGGGGUGCACGGGGGGAUGUACCAUUCUGUGUGCCCCUGAAGGGGCCAUUGUGCCACCUCAGAACGUGCCCAGCACAGAGCCAUGAGGUAGCAUCCAAACAGGGUGACCUCACGUCAAGGCUGCACAGAGCAAUUAAAGGGCCCCAAGAUGGGAUCAUGCCCCAUUAAGACGCCAUCAUGGCCCCACAGCAUGCUGAGCCUGGGGCCAUAGAAGUGGAUUUCAAGUAGCACCAACCUCAAGCCUUCAAAGCCAUGAGUCAGCCCUUCAGAAUCAUCAGACUGGCUUAAAAACAAUACCCUUGGGGCUCUUCUGGUUCAUGCUGGCCCUCUUGUCUCCACAACCAUGAAAUAAAGGUCAAGCGUCUCACAGUCAUGUCAGGACUCCAGGGUCUGAGGCUUCAAGAAGAAUACCAAAUACUGUGAUACCUGUAACAAGUCACAAGAGUUACAACACUGCAUCACAUCAAGAUCUUGCUGAGCCUCAACCAGAGCAAUAAGAUGGCAAGAAAGCUGGGUCAUGUUGUACUCAAACAUCACUGUGACCCACAAGAUGUGGCUCUGUUUCAUAGUCCCCGACAGAUGUUUUGUCACCUUCUUAUCAGAGACAGAGGAGCUAUCCCCCACCCUAAGGAGGAGAAAAUUAAUCUAUCCAGAGUAACAGGAGGUUUCUAAGCAACUGUUUGUAAUUCUGGACAAUGUGAACCGGGUGUGUGACCGCUUCAAAGGGGACGAACGGAUGGACCCAGAGAUAGAAGAACAGUUUUUCCUCUCCGGCACUUGGGCUGAGAGGAAACGGCGGGCACUUCUACUGGACAAAGUAGUCAUCCUGCUCAAAACCAGCACAGCUCAAGGGAAAGAUUUAAAGUUUGUUCUGGAAUCAUUAAAAGAAUGGGGUGAAAUGUUGUCAGAAGGCAAAGAACAAGUAGGAGACACCUCCACUGUCCAGUGGGUCAGUGAUAUGGAGACCAAGCUGCUGACCUCCCUUGAUUAUACAGAAGGAUGUAUAAUGCAGCUAGUCAAUCUCUGCAUACCUCUUGUGGAAGACAGAAAGAAAAAGAGGGGGAAAUCAAUUGUUCCCAAAACCGGCUUGUGGAGAGCAUGGCGAGAGAAAGUUGCACAGAAACCUCAGGAAGCCCAGCCCUUGAGCCCUGAACAAAUGCUAGAAGAUGAAUCUGUAACUUUCUCCAGGACUUCUGAGCUCCUUACCAUGUUACAGGAAUUUGUAGGUUCCACACUGUUCAACAAAGCAGAAGUUGUCGUUGUUAAAUAUAUAGUGACAAUGGUGGCCAAUCUCACCAAAGCCUUCACUCUGCUAACCAAACAGUCCCGUGGCCUGCAAGCAAAGUAUGAUACCUUAGUAUCCCAGGAGUCCAGGAAGCAGGAAGUUCAGUGUGUGAACCUUCAAAAGGAAGUACAGGUGCUUAAUGAGAAAAAGGCAUCUUUGGAGGCUCGAGUCCAAAGCAUUGAACACAAAUUCAAGAUGCUUUUCAUAGAAAAUGAGGCAAUACAAAAAGAACUGCACAAGGUGAAGGAAAAAGCAGCAGUAAAGAUAGAACUGUCUUUAAGAGACAUGAAAUCUGGGGCCAGGGCUUCUUAUGAAAGGAAAUCCCAGGAGGAUGAUAAACAUGUGAGUAGGGAAAAGAUUGGGAAUCUGUCAGUUGAAAAGCUGUCAUGGAAAUCCCAGGCAGAUCUUGCUAAAUCCCUCAGUGGGAAAAAGGAGACAAAGGUACCAGAUAAAAAGCAGCUUCAGAGACCACUGGUAGAGAAAACAGAAGACACCAGUGACAAACAAGAUGCAAAGCUUCUAGAUAAAAAGCCAGCACUGAAAGCCUCAAUAGAGAGAGGUGAAGGCACCAGUGACAAACAGAAAGCCCUGGUAGAGAGAACUCAAGACACUGUUGUCAAAGGGGAUGCAGUCAUCCCAGUGGAAAAACAAGAAGAGACUUCAGGAGACCUGGCUGGAAGACAGCAUGAACAACCUCUGGACAGUGAGCAAACAGAGGCUGCUGACAAAUGGGAUGUGAACCUCCUGGGUGGAACCCAGAAAGUUGUUGAAGAUGUCACUGGUGAGUGGCAUGAGAUCCUGCCAGAUGAACAUGAGCUCAAGGCUGACAGUGAAGAAGAAAUUGAAAGGCUCCCAUCCCCAACAGAACUCCCAUACCAAGGGGUCUCUAGGAGAGGAAAGCAGAGGAGGAAGAAGGAAAGCCUGUACACUGAGGAGACUCAUACAAUAAUGCCUCAGAGCCCUAUCAGCAGAAGCAUGCUCAACUCAUCCACUGCACUGUAUGGGUUUAAUUCAGCUAUCCUGGGUUAUCUAGAGCAGAAGAUGGAGAAGCUAUGGAAAUGUCCCUGUCCUGGGAAGAGACAAGCAGAGAGGAUGCUGCCCAAGGACCCAGAAGCCCAAAGGCUCUACAUGGCCUUGGAGAGGAAACUGGAAGAAUGCUUCUCAAAAAUGAAGAUAAGAUAUUCCAGCAGCUUAGAGGAACAGAAGCUUCCAAGGAGCCUGGAGCUGACUGAAGAGCAUGACGAAGAGGCAAAGCCACCCUUGGAGGUUCUUCCUGGGAUCGUCAUUCCAGGGAAAGAAGUCCCUGGUUCCUCCAUCCAGUUGAGUGACCCUGACAGUCCCUUUUUGGAGUCCAAAGUUUCUGUGAUCUCACGAUGGAGACUUCCUGCAGCCCUGUUGAAGGAACCUAAUAUCUCAGCACAUUUUCAAUUUCCCAAGCAAUGGCAGCAACAGCAGCAGGAAAAAUGGCAGGAGGAGGAACAGGAAUGGUUUAAGAAGAUACAGAAGCAGCAGCAGUAUCAGGUGCAAUGGCAGUCACUACAGCCUGAGGAGCAGCUCCAGCAGCAGCUGCAAGGGGUAAAGGAGAAGGUAGAGGUGGAGCAGCUGCAGCAGGAAGAGCAUCAGUUUGAGGAGCUGCAGCCACAGCAGGAGCCACUGCAGGAAGGGCAGAAAGAGUGGCAGGAAGAGAAGCACAAGCAGUGGAAGAAGCAGCUGGAGGAACAAGCAGAAGAGCAGAGUCUGAGGCAGCAGCAGCUGGAACAGCAGCAGAGGCUAUAUCAGCAAUGGCAGGAAGAGCAGCAGAAAAAGCAUGAGGAGCAGCAGAGGCUGUGGCGGCAGCAGGAAGAGGAGCAGGAGGAGGUGCAGAGACUGUGGCAGCAGCAGCAGGAAGAGCGUCAGAGGCUGUGGCAGCAGCACGAGGAGGAGCAGCGGGAGCAGCUGAAACUGUGGCAGCAGAAGGAGCAAGAGCGUGAGCAGCAGGCAAGGUACUGGCAGCAGCAGGUGGAGGAGCAUGAGGAGCAGCUGCAUCUGUGGCAGCAGGAGCAGGAAGAACAUGACCUUCACAUGAGGCAGUGGCAGCAGCAGGAGGUGAAGCAGCAGGAGCAGGAAAAGCACUGGCAGCAGCAGAUGGAGGAGCAUGAGAAGCAGCGGCAGCUGUGGCAGCAGGAGCAGGAAGAACAUGACCUUCACCUGAGGCAGUGGCAGCAGCAGGAGGUGAAGCAGCAGGAGCAGGAGAGGCUAUGGCAGCAGCAGUGGCAGGAGCAGCUACAGCAGUUGUGUGAACAGCAAGAGCUGCUGCAAAAACAGAUACAGCAGGAGCAGUACCUGAUCUCAAGGCCUAAACCAGUUCCCAGGAGCAGAGAACCUGGGACCCUGGAACACUUGACAAAACAGACCCCACUAAGGCCAAGGAGAGAGAUUGCAAAGGAAGAGGUCCUACUGUGUGAAUAUUUCAAGCCUUCUACCCAGCAAAUGGUUCCUACUCAGAGCAAAGUAUCUCUGCACUCUCAAGCUCAGUGUACUGAGGAGACUAACUGCCUCCCGACACUGGCUCAGAAGACCAAAGGGAAGAGCUUGGUGCCCUCCAGCAUGUCAGAGAAGCGAUACUGGGUGGAUGUGGAGGCUCAGAGAGAGAACUUGGUGCUGCUGGGCCAGGCAACCCAGAAGUGCAGACUACCCCCACACCUGCACAUGCAGGCGAAGGAAGUUAUCACUGAGACCCUGCACACUGAUGUUGAGAGGCUGGCUCUCCUCUUCCACAAAUACAUCUCCUUCUGCCACCUCCAGCAUGUCAGACAAACCUUAAUGUCCAGAUUGGAAGCUGCCAGAGCUGUAAAUGAUGGUGCUGAGGUCCGGAACUUGUAUACAUAUGUGGAGAGGGUGGAUGCUUACCGGAAAAAGGUGCUACAGUGCUGGGUGGCCAAACAAAAAACAGCAGAGCAGGCACGUCAACACUGCCUUGGCAAGAUGAUUUCCUUGUUUGCUCAGCUCCGCCUGAGCACUGAACUCCACCUCAACAGCCCAUCCCCACUCAUGAUCAAAGCAGUGGAUGAAAUGAAGGAGUUCCCGUCCUCAGCCCAUGCCAGAUCCAAAUCUCUUGGCUAUCCAAGCCCCCUGGCAAGUGUGAAGAAAGUCAGAGACUUUAUGCAUCCAGCUGGAGUCAGUGAGCAGGUUUGUGGCCAGAUAGAGUCAGUAUGGAGGACCGAUGUCAUCUCUCACAGUUUUCCGAUUGUUCCAAAACCCCUUGUGUCACUGGUCUGGUCCCAGGCUGGUUUCCCAGAUAUCCCUAGAUUUCUGGAACUGGACGUGAGCUCACUUAGGAGCAAACCCCUUAAGUCUCUACAGACACGAGUCCAGAAUCUUCCCAGAUGGAAAACAUAUGGACACAAGUAAAAACUCAUGUAAAUAUAGGAUAGUCCAGAUGCAGUUUAAUGCACAACAGAAAUUUAUGUAGAAAGCAAAUAACAUAUAUUUUUGUGUUUAUUUCAUGGCCAUGUGCCUUUACUGUAAGACUGCAGUUUAUGUUCCAGUCUGUUGAGGCUGGGAUUGUCAAAGGCUCCUAAGGGAGUUCCACUGAAUUCUCAACUUCCGUUGAACUCCAGUCCUUCCACUGAAUUUCUGUCUGCAACAGAAACAAUUGC